CGUUUGUAUAAUUUCAAAAACCAAUCAAUCAAAACACUUAUCAUUUUCCAAAACUCUCUCCCAAAAAAAUGAAGACUACGCAGCAGCAACACCACCCACCAUCUUCCUUUCCAAAGCACUUCUUCAAUGCCCAAAUCCACCUCCAUAAAAUCAUCUCAAAUUUUCUAAUCUUUGCUUUCGGUGUAGCCCUAGGCGCUUCCCUCAACAUCUACCUCAAAGAUUUUCCCUUCCAACUUUAUUCAACACAAAACAAAUACUCUCAUUUGUCAACAAAUAAUCCACCAUCUUCUUCUCCACCACCACAAUCUCUCAACAUCCCAACAAAUCAAACAAAAGCCAAAACCUCGGCUGCCGGCCCGGCACCACCAAUAGGGUUGAAAGAAUAUACAAAGUCGCCGAAUAUCUUGCAUGAAAUGGACGACGAUGAGCUGCUGUGGAGAGCUUCGUUGGUGCCGCGGCGGCGGGGUUUGCCGUUUAAACGGACUCCGAAAGUUGCAUUCAUGUUUUUGACGAGAGGGCGGCUGGCAUUGGCUCCUCUUUGGGAAAUGUUCUUCAAAGGGCAUGAAGGGUUGUACUCCAUAUAUGUUCAUGCCAAUCCGGGUUUCAAUGACACCAUGCCUGAAAACUCGGUUUUUUAUGGCAGGAGGGUCCCGAGUAAGAAUGUGACAUGGGGUGAACCUAACAUGGUGAAAGCAGAGCGUCGCCUAUUAGCCAAUGCUUUGCUUGACUUCUCCAACCAACGUUUCGUGCUCCUCUCAGAGUCAUGCAUACCACUAUUUAACUUCAAUGUAGUCUACAGUUAUCUCAUGGACUCAAACCAAAUAUUCGUGGAGGCCUACGAUCUUCCCGGCCCAGUCGGUCGCGAACGGUACAGGCACAAAAUGAGACCUCAAAUCACUCUCGACCAGUGGCGGAAGGGCUCACAGUGGUUCGAAGUGGACCGUGAGAUCGCAACCGAGGUGGUUUCCGAUGAAAAGUACUUCCCUGUGUUCACAAAGUAUUGCACCCCCUCAUGCUACUCCGAUGAGCACUACUUGCCCACAUAUGUAAGCAUCAAGUUUUGGAAGAAGAAUUCUAACAGGACGUUGACUUGGGUUGACUGGUCCAAGGGUGGGCCCCAUCCAUCUAAGUUUAUGAGAACAGAUGUAACGAUUGAUUUCUUGAAGAAGCUGAGACAUGGAAGCAAGUGUGAGUACAAUGGGAAGCGAACCAAUAUUUGCUAUUUGUUUGCAAGGAAGUUCUUGCCAAACUCUUUGGAUAGGCUGCUGAGGUUUGCUCCAAAGAUCAUGAAAUUCAAUUGAUUUUUAGGGUUUAGAUGUUUUUUUUUCUUUGCUCAUCAUUCAUUUAUUAGUAAACUAAAAAGGCUUAUGGUUGUUUUUGUCAUUAGCUUUGGAGUUCUUUUUGCGGGUUUUUUUUCCUUUACUUGUUGGGAUAAUUGAAAGUGUAUAAGUUAAUUUUUCAAGAUAAUUGUGAUAGUGUGAUAUUUGUGACA